GAGAAAUGUAUAGCAUUACCAAUUGACUGUUAUAAAACAUUACUUUACCCAUUAUAGAGAGAAUUGCCAUGCAAGAACCAGAGUUACCUCCCUCUUCCACAGAGAGGGAGAAACAACCGCCAGAGAGGAGGUGUAAAGUGAAUGUAGAGAGCACAGAGAUACCCUCCCAAGGUAGAUCAGAGGAAAGGACACCUGGCCUACCUGAGGAGGAGGAGGAAACUGAUGAAGGAACAUCAUUUGACACAGUCAGAGUAAGAUUAAGUAAGCCAAUGUCACAGGAUGCUAUAGAGAACUAUUUCGAGAAUACAAGGAAGUCCGGAGGAGGUGAUAUUCAGUUCAUUAAAAUCAUGAUGGAAGAGGACGAACAAAUUGUAGAAGCUUUGAUCACAUUUAGACAAUCUAGUGAUGCCAAGUCCUGCUUGGAGAGAAGACAUACAAUAAUUGGACAGACUUUAACAGUAGAAAAAUACGAUGAAAAUGACCCUGAAAUGUGGGAGAUGAACAAAGUUCUAGUUACAAACCUCCACCCAGAGACAACUGACGACACACUGAUGAAUUUUUUGGAGCCAGCUGCUGGAGUGGAUCCGAUAGAGGUGGUACGAGGAUCGAAAUCUGAAACAGUGAUAGUAUUGUUUGAUGAAAAACCAGAUUUUUCCAAGAUGUCAAAACGCUGCAAUUCCAGAAAACUCCAUGGCAAGUCAUUGUUUAUACGAAUGGUAGAGAAAUGCAGAUCCGUGUAUGCUCAAGACAUUGAUGAAUGCAUCACGUAUAACGCGGUGGAGAAUUUCUUCUGUAACAAGAGAAGGAGUGGAGGUGGAGAAGUGGAGGAGAUGGAUUACCAUCCAGAAGACGGAUACUGUGUUGUUCUGUUUAAAAAUCCAACAGAUGCAGAGAAUGUGGCAUCAAGAGAAAAGGUUAAAAUUAAUGGAAAAGAAAUAAGAGUACAAAUGUUGUAUUCUCAACUAGGGUUGCCAGAGCAACCAAUCAAUUGGAAAGACCUGCCAUCUAUGAGUUAUCCUUGUGAUAAAUACUUUAUAAAGUUUGUCAAAUAUUGUGAGGUGGUAGCCAAGGAAAUUGAAAAGACACUGCAGCAGAAGUUUGUAACAGUUGAAUGGCCGAAAUCAAAAUCAGACUUUAAUGUCAAGCUACAUUGCUCGUUAACUAAAGAAGUGGAAAAUGCUAGAGGGAUUCUGAAAAAAUGGAAAGAAGAAGCUGAAAAAAGCAUGGAAGGCUCGGUGGGCAAGUAUGUAGUUCAAAAACACUCAAUUUUACCAGAAGCAUGGGAGAAUUUUCUGGACAAGCUAAAAAUGCUAGAUAUAUACCAUCCGGAAAAAGUGGCUGUUUCAUUAGAAUCCAAACAACAUGUAGCUGUUGUUGUUGGGUUCGAGGAAAAUGCAGAGGCCCUGACAAGAAAAAUCCUAGAUAUUGUGAAAACAGAGGAAAUGAAAAUAAAAAUCCAGAAAGAGAAGAUUGAGAAAAAUGUUCCAUUAGAUUUUCACAAAUGCCAGCAACUUUGGAAAACACAGUAUCAGAAGAAGCUCAAGGCAGAAUUUCCUGAUGUUGAUAUGAAUAUUGAGAUUGAUAAAAAAGAAGUAAACUUCUCUGGGAAAUCGAGUGAAGUGAAUGAGGCCUUGAUAAAAAUGCAUGAAUAUCUGAUGAAUACAAAAUCAAAAUCUUUAAGCAUAUCUAAAGGGAGACAUGAAGUGUUUAAAUCGAAGGAGGUGAGAGAUAUUUUUCUUGCAGAAAUGAAAACAAAGAACAACAAAGCUGUAUGGAUUGUUACAGAAGACAAAGUGGAAAUGACGUCAUCAAACAUGAAAAUGGUGGAAGAGGCCUUGAAACUUUUUGAAGAAUUUAUACCAGAGAAAGCAAUUAAAGUAAAACAGCUAGUGAAAGUUUUGACCAGAGAUGAAUGGCAGGCUUGUGUCAAGAAGUUAAGAGAAACACACGUUGAAAAAUUGUACAUCUUGACGUCUUCUUCUGAAGUCCGUGUCACUUCCACAAAGGAUAUUUUUCAGCCUGUAUGUACAGAAGUUGAACAGGUUUUAAAGGAAUGUUCCAAAAAAUGUUCUGUUGAAGAGCAUUUCGAGAAUUUCUGGAGAAGUAAUAAAAAGAGGAGCAGUGGAUCAUUUGAGAGCCAUGAUGCAAGGUCAAAGCCAAAAUUUCCUGUCAAGAUGGCUGAGUGUGAUUUACAUAUUAGUGGAAAAAUGUUAAUUGUCAUGAAAGGUGAUGUUACAAAAAUGACAGUUGAUGUCAUCGUAAAUGCAACCAAUGGAGGUUUAAAUCAUUUUGGCGGUCUAUUUUUGGCCAUUUCUAGAGCAGGUGGUGAUUUGAUACAGAGAGAAUGUGAAGAAUACAUCAGAAUAAAUGGAACUGUUCAAAACGGUGACGCCAUCCCAGCAAAACCUGGUAAUCUCCCUUGUAAGAUGUUGAUUCACGCAGUUGGACCGCGAUGGACAGGUGGAAAUUAUAAUGAAGAGAUAAAACUCAGACAAGCCAUUUUAAAAUGUUUGGAACUAACAGACAGGAAUAGUUACUGCUCUAUAGCUAUCCCUGCACUCAGUGCGGGCAUUUUGGGGUAUCCCGUGGAUCAAUCUGUUGACAUUAUUGUCAGUUCUGUUCAGUUACAUUUUAAGUCAAGGGAGGGCAAGGACUCCAAGAUAAAGGAGAUCUUCUUCUGUGGUGUCGAUGAUAAGAUUGUGACGGCAUUCAUUAGGUGUUUGAGGAAAAGAUUUGGACAGGAUGUGAAAGAAUUUUAUGGAGAUAAAGAUAUGGAUGCUGGUGAACGGAAAAUCGGAGAAUUGAACGUUGAGGUAAGACAGGGGGACAUAACAAAAGAAAAUACUGAUGCUAUUGUCAGCUGUAUUUCAGAAAGUCUGGAUUUCAGCAUAGGUGCUGUUUCUAGGGCUGUUCUUAGAGCAGCGGGAGACAGAAUUCUUGCAGAAUGUCGAAGAGAGGCCCGGUCUUUCUCAUCAGAAGACUUUGUUGUUACAUCAGGAGGCAACAUGGAUUGUAAGUACAUCAUUCAUGUGAAAGGUCAGUUAUCAGCAGAAAGGUUGGAGCGUAUGGUGGCUAAGGCAUUAGCACAUGCUGACAAAACAGGGUGUAGGUCCAUAUCCUUCCCGGCCCUAGGAACAGGAGUUGCUGAUAUUGACCCUGCGGAAAUUUCCCAGUGCAUGUUUAGAGCCAUUAGUAAAUACUAUCCAUUGAACCUACAGAGAGUAAGGAUUAUAGUUUUCCAGAGCAAAAUGUUUCCAGUGUUUAAAUCUACACUGCAUGCCCUUUCUCAAGUGGAGGUACUGCAAAAAGUUGAUAUGGGAUUUGAUGAUAAAGAUGAAACGAUCAGAUGCUAUCCAUAUCCUGAUAAGAAUCUUUUCCAUGGAAAUAUGAUGAACAGAGGUCAAACAUAUCGACAAAGAGAGAGGGAUGGAACAUUUAUGGUUCCUAGUCAUUUAAACUAUAAGGAAAGCAGUGAUUUUGAUAGGAAGUCAAAGAAUGAAUAUGAAUGGAAGGAGAUUGAUACAUCAAAAUGCAUGUUAAGAGAUAACCAGAUUGAUGAAAUUAAAAGGCUCGCAAAAGACACCAAACUCAUCGUCAAAUAUGGAAAAAUAGAACUGCUGGGUUUAGCAGCAAAUGUAAAUGAAGCAGCUGUUUCUAUUUAUAAGUAUUUACAUGAGGUCAAGGACAAAGAGAGUGCUAAAAGAGUCCAGGAGUACGUGAAAUGGCAGUAUGAAGCCUGGUCAGAUAAAUGGAUAACGUAUAGGGAAGAUGUCAAUUUACAGAUUGAGAAUGCCCACCAGGCCAGAAUGGAUUCUAUUAUUGUAAAAGAUAACAGAGGAACUGAAUAUGUUAUUGACUUCAAAAAGAUGGAGGAGCGUUUUCCUGUUGAGCUGCCAACAACAUGGACAUGCAUGACAAAUAAUCAUACUGUACUUGAGAUUACCUUGAACCAUUGGGACAAUGAGUACCACGAUGUCAUGUCAAAGUUCAUGGUCUCCAGUAAGAGAACAGUGUCAAUUUCAGAGAUACGCAGAGUGCAGAACCCAUAUCUAUAUCAGCAAUAUGUUACAAAACGGAAGGAAAUCGAAGUAAAGAAUGGAAAAGAUCCUCAGAAAUGGUUGUGGCAUGGGACCUACCCAGACACUCUAGAUAAAAUUAUCAACAAUGGAUUUAAUAGGGGAUAUUGUGGCAGGAAUGGUACGAGAUAUGGUGCAGGAGUUUAUUUUGCUGUGCAUGCGUCCUACUCUGUUGGAUAUUGCAGACCUGAUUCUAAUGGACUAAAGCACAUGUUCUCUGUUCAAGUUGCGACUGGUGAUGUUUGCGAGGGGAAAAGUAGCAUGAAUGUUUUGCCACCAAAGCCAGGCGCAGGAAGUCAUGUGACCUAUGACUCUGCCUCUGAUAAUCCUUUUAAUCCAGAAAUGUAUGUGAUAUUUCAUGACAGUCAGGCCUACCCGACAUAUCAUAUAAUCUUCAGAUGAACUACCAACUAAUAUGUCAAGAAAAACUCAAAAGCAUGAACCACUGUAAACUCACUGGAUUUUGCAUUGUGCCUUUACUAAUUUAAAAUAAUUUAAGCAUAUUUAAGUACGACUAGUUACAUUAUUUGGAAGGUAUAUUUACGUGAUAGUAGUAAAAUCAUUUGUAAUUGCAAUUAAAUUGUUUUGUUGAGUUAAAGAAAAUGUCCUAGGCUACUCUGAUAAUGAAAACAAAAAAUAAUGUGCGCUGCAUUCUAUGAAAUUUUUUUGUAGAUACAGUAAAUCAUAUCAUGAAGAACACAUGGCUAUAUAUGAUUACAAGCACUAAUUUAAUUGUUCUUGAAUUGGUUUUGGGGGAUUUCGUAUUAAUGAAUGUUUUGAUCUUGAAUACUGUUUGUU